AUGCCUACAUUGAAUCGUAUCAGAAAGUCGCACCGAACUUGGACUGCGUCUUCGAUUCCGACGAAGCUCACCGUCAAUUUUGUCCUCCCAUACGCAUCUGAGCUUUCCGGGAAAGAGGUUUUAAAGACCGAGAUGCGAGGGAUAGCGACUAGAUCACUGUAUUCUUUGAGCCGGUCCAUAUUAUCGCAGGCUCGUCAAGGCAUCACAGCCGGCCGAGAAACGUCUCCGCUUGAUUCACUGUGGUCUGCCAUUCAGCGCCGCGGCGUUAAGGUUAACGCGAUUCAGCUAAGGCCAGGGAAUGUUAUUGAACGAACAGGACGUACUUUCCGGGUUGUAGAAGCAGAGCAUAAACAACAAGGUAGAGGUGGAGCCUCCAUACAGGUAGAGCUUCGCGAUGUUGACAACGGGAAUAAACUGAAUUUGCGAUUUGGAACUGAGGAAUCGGUUGAAAAGGUUUUUGUUCAUGAGAAAUCUUACACAUGUUUAUAUACAGAGGGAGAUACUGCAUUUCUGAUCGAGCCCGAUACGUUUGAGCAAGUUGAAGUGCCAUUGGACAUAUUUGGCAAAGCGUCUGUAUAUUUAAAAGAGGAAAUGAAAGUUCAGUUGCAGCUGUAUGAUGGAAGAGCUUUAGCUGCAUUUCUGCCUAAGCAUGUCACAUGCACAAUUGAAGAAACACAACUUCCCAUGAAAGGCUUAACAUCAGCUCCUCGCUACAAGAGAGCUCUUCUUGAUAAUGGCUCAACUAUUCAGGUACCAUCUUAUCUCGAGGCAGGUGAAAAGAUUGUGAUAAACACUGAAGAUGAUUCAUUUGUCAAGAGGGACAAUAAAUGA